GCCAACAAAUAAUUUGAUAAAAUGACAUCAUUUUCACUGUUUCAUAAUCCUCUCAAAUACUGUCUGUUUUACUUUUCAGAUAAUGUCAUAUCUUUCAUCGUGCUUAGCUCUUUUUUAUGUUAUCCAUCUAUUGACUCAAUGUUGCUAUCACACUGUAACUCCAGCUGACAGAUAGCUCGUGCAAGAACUAAGAAACUUAAAUUUUUUGAAAGUAGCUUGUUGCUGCGACACGCAUGCGCAGUUCUCAGAUAUGCGUAAAGAAGAACAGGAAGCGAACAGUUUCAUACUCCUUCGAUCGACGCAGAUGCUGCCGUAGACUCCCUUCUUUCUGUUGAAUGAUACAGGCUGCGUUCAUUCGGAGAGUUAAAACGGUAGCAGAAGAGCCGGCCAUCUUGAAAGUUGUGCUUUGUGGUAAACUUACAUUUUAGACAUACUGGCAGUAAAAUCAGAAGUUUGGGCGUGUUUGAAUCCGAAGUGUUGGAGAGACACACUGCCUCCUCCUCCUCCUCUUCACUGGAUGCUAGCUCGAUAGCCUUUGCAUGUCGUUGCUGUCCUAGUUUAGGAGUUGUUUUUUAGUCUGCAUUUUAACUUAUUGUGUGGAAAGCCCUAAAAGAAGAUGGGAUGUACCCUGAGCACGGACGACAAGGCGGCGCAGGAGCGGAGCAAGAUGAUCGACAGGAAUCUGAGGGACGACGGAGAAAAGGCUGCCCGGGAGGUGAAGCUGCUGCUGCUGGGUGCUGGAGAAUCCGGGAAAAGUACCAUUGUUAAACAGAUGAAGAUCAUCCAUGAAGCGGGCUACUCAGAGGAGGAGUGUAAGCAGUACAAGGCCGUGGUCUACAGCAACACUAUCCAGUCCAUCAUCGCCAUCAUCAGAGCCAUGGGACGCCUCAAGAUCGACUUUGCAGAUGCAGCCAGAGCGGAUGAUGCACGGCAGCUGUUCGUCCUGGCAGGUUCAGCAGAAGAGGGUUUCAUGACAGGAGAACUAGCUGGGGUCAUCCAGCGGCUGUGGAAGGACGGAGGAGUUCAGGCCUGUUUCAGCCGCUCCCGGGAGUACCAGCUGAACGACUCUGCUGCAUACUACCUGAAUGACCUGGACAGGAUAUCCAACGGUGCUUAUGUGCCAACCCAACAGGACGUGCUCAGGACCAGAGUUAAAACUACUGGUAUUGUGGAGACACACUUCACUUUCAAGGAUCUGCACUUCAAAAUGUUUGAUGUAGGUGGUCAGCGAUCAGAGAGAAAGAAGUGGAUCCAUUGUUUUGAGGGAGUCACUGCCAUCAUCUUCUGUGUGGCUCUGAGUGACUAUGACCUGGUCCUGGCUGAGGAUGAAGAGAUGAAUCGCAUGCACGAGAGCAUGAAGCUGUUUGACUCCAUCUGCAACAACAAGUGGUUCACAGACACUUCCAUCAUCCUCUUCCUCAACAAGAAAGACCUGUUUGAGGAAAAGAUCAAAAAGAGCCCGCUCACAAUCUGCUAUCCUGAAUACGCAGGCUCCAACACCUACGAGGAGGCAGCAGCCUUCAUUCAGUGCCAGUUUGAGGACCUGAACAAGAGAAAGGACACCAAGGAGAUCUACACCCACUUCACCUGUGCCACCGACACCAAGAACGUGCAGUUUGUGUUUGAUGCUGUGACCGACGUCAUCAUCAAGAACAACCUGAAGGACUGCGGCCUUUUCUAAAGGCAAAUCGAUGGCCGGCUUUCCAAGUGACUUUGUUCAAGGGGACUGAGACUGGAGGGAACUUUGUGCACCCUGCUGAGAAUGUCACUUUUAACCUCUUAUUAACUUAUGUUCAUCUCUAAAAGUUUUAAAGACGGUGUGUAGAAAAAAACAUUUUGUGUAAAGUAUUUGUACAACUGUCUCUGGCCUGGGAUUUUUCACAGUUUUUAAAAUGUGCUUGUUUUACCUUAAUAUCAUUAUUUUAAAUUUUUAUAUAAAAGGGGGGCCUUCUUUUUUUUUGUCCAUAAUUGAACACUUUUUGUCUUUUUGUUUGUAGGUGCUUGUGCCUUGCAUGCCUUAGUUGCAGUGUUUCCUUUUUGUUGAAGUAGAUGUUAGGCUCAUGUAGAUGUUGCUGUUGAACUCCUCCAAAGUCCCCUGAGUCCAUGUUAUCUCUUAUGUUCAGAUUAUUUCAUUGUGGUAUCAUUUUUUUUUUUUGCCUUGUUGGAAAAACCAAGAAAGACCAAGUCACUCUGUAGACCAAUUCACUCUGACUCUGACAUACUGUGUGAGCUGUGUGUUAACCUUUGAUUGUGUGGUGUAUGUAUGCACUGCGAGUGAGAGCUUUGUUUUGAUUGAGGCCAAAAGUCAAAGUGUGUGAGUGUAUGUGUGUGUGUGUGUGUGGGUGUAAGUGUAAGUGAGUGAGAGAAUAUAAAACAAAGGGACCUUAUUCCUCUACUUGCCAUCCUCUUUCAAAGUUGUAUUUUUCUAAGUGACCAAAAAGAAGCUACUCUCUAAUUAAUCAGUGCACAUUGUUGGUGCACGGCUCCAAACUGUAACAUUUCUGAUUGAAUCAAGAACUAAAGAGAAGCUUUGAACAGAGGAUGCCAAUGUUGGCCUUGUAGCAGACAGUAGGACCACAUGUAGAUCUGUGAUAAAUUACAGACAGACAAACAGACAGACAAACAGACAGACAGACAGACAGACAGACAGGUGCGCUGUUCAUGAUCUGGGAUGGUUUCAAGUUACAUAUCCCCCCUGAAACCCCAACCCUCUGUUUUCAUUGGAUGGGCACAUUAGUGGACUAAUCUCCAUGAUUUUGCUAAUAAAAGAGCUGCUGUGGUGAAACCAUGGCAACUUAUGCAAUACACAA